AUGCCAACGAUAGACCUUCCCAAAAUUUCAAUGAAGCAAAAUAAUGAUAUUGGGUCAAAUAAAUGGGCAGGACUUGGCUAUUUUAUCCAGCCUCCUGACGUCACUUCAGGCAAAUUGUACGCUUUUGUUGGCCAUUUCAAGCUAGAGAACCCUGUUACUGGUUUCCUGUAUCAUGAAGUGAUAGUGAAGUUAAGAAUUGAAAAACUAGACGGCAAAAAAAGUUACUCCAACCUCAGUAUACACCCUCGUCUCCGACCAGGGUCCUGGCAUGAGGUGGGCGGGGACUUCAAACUCCCAGAAAAUUUCAAGGAAGUAAAAAUAUAUAUCCAAAUCGAUGAAGCAGGAGUCAACUAUCACUUUGAUGACGCAAGUCUUUUCGAACUCUUACCGGAUCCAAACUGGAAGACUAAUGCUCAAUCUGACAUUGACCAGAACCGAAAAGUGAAAAUGAAUAUCAUUGUUCGGAAGGUCAAGGGGAUUAAAUUGAAAGGAUUUACAAUUGAGGUUGAACAAAAACGAAGUGAGUUUGGACACGGUACAGCAGUUCAGGCCAAGUUAUGGACAAAUUCAAGUUAUUCUGUCUUCAAGGACUUCGUACACAAUACUCUCAAACCAGAGUGGGGCGUACUUAUAAACGCCCUCAAGUGGAAGGGAAUGAGAUGGACCGAGAAUAAUCUGAGAUUUGAAGAUGCUAACGCGACCAUCAAUGACCUUCUAGACCACGGGUAAGAUACACGUAUUUAUUACUGAC